AGUCCGGAGUCCCAUUUUUGGCGGUUCGCUUGACAAUGCCGUUAGCCUGCGCCUCCUUCUGCUUAACUUUUGCAGUAUCUCCCAGGAAUGUAAGGCCUGGAGCAUUGGUUUGUUUGAAAGCAACAGCAGUGGAGUCUCAACGUUUCCUAUUGAAUUUGUCAGCAUCUUUUUCAUCCACCAUUAACAACAAGAAAGAUAUCAAGAAGAGGGGAUCGAUGGGUAUCUCUUCCAAUACUGAAAAAAGUGCUGUCAAGGAGAACACAGCGAGAAAUCAAGUAGUUGAAAUUCAGACUAUUAGGGAUGACCCAGCCAGACUUAAAGCAAUGACAGUACGAGAACUCAGAACAGUUAUGAGGAGUGCUGGAAUCCCUGCUAAAGGUUGCAAAAAUGAUCUUGUGUCAACCUUGAAGAAUUUCCUGACCAAUGAAAAUGAUGGUCAAAGUUCAGUUGUAAGAGAAGAACAUGGGACCUCAAUGAUCAAAUCAGUUUGUUCCGAAACUGUUUCAUCUAAACAGAAGCGUAAUAAUUCAUAUGAUGAAGAUCAAAAGCAAAAUGUGAACGCUGUUUCAGAGAUUUCUGGAAUUAAGAGAAGGGGAAAAGCACCUUCAGUUGGUACUGGUGUUGAAGUUAAAAAGAAAAGGGUAAUGACAAAACAAAAGUUAUCAGUCAAAGUUGAUGCUGUUGCCGGUAAGAAGCCUUCCCGAGCGAGCAGACAAUCUCUGCAGAUUUGUAAUGAAGAUGAUGGAACUAUUGAUAAAGUUGAUGUUUCCAUUAAUUCUAGUGAACCAUGGACUGUGCUUACACACAAGAAGCCACAACAAGGGUGGAUUCCAUAUAAUCCAAGAACCAUGAGGCCUCCUCCUCUUACUGAUGAUACAGAAUUUGUGAAGAUAUUAUCUUGGAAUGUUAAUGGCUUAAGAGCUUUACUCAAAUUGGAGGCCUUCUCUGCACUACAACUUGCACAGAAGGAGAACUUUGAUGUGUUAUGCUUACAAGAGACCAAACUUCAGGAGAAGGAUGUGGAGAAAGUCAGGCAAUGUCUCCUAGAUGGAUAUGAGAAUAGCUUCUGGACGUGCAGUGUCUCCAAGCUUGGGUACUCUGGUACUGCAAUUAUUUCUCGGAUAAAGCCACUUUCAGUGAGAUAUGGGCUAGGCAUCUCAGAUCAUGAUAGCGAAGGACGGCUUGUGACAGUGGAGUUUGAUAAAUUUUAUCUGAUAAGUGGAUAUGUUCCUAAUUCUGGGGAAGGUUUGAGAAGGCUGACUUACAGGGUUACGCAGUGGGAUCCCUCUCUUAGCAAUUACAUGAAAGAGCUAGAAAAGUCAAAGCCUGUCAUUUUGACCGGUGAUCUCAACUGUGCUCAUCAAGAGAUAGACAUUUUUAACCCAGCUUGUUAUGCAGCAAGAGUUUUUGGAGUUUCACUCUUCAAGGAAUUACAGAGGCCCAAAACAUAAGUUAUGAAGAUGAACUCAACAAUAUAGCACCCAAUUAACUUUCAGAUGGCAGUAAGAAGUGGAUUUAAAGAAGAUGGUUGGGCAGCUUACUCUAAGGAGAUACAUAAGUUUUUUUUUUGAUACAAAGGUGAUAAAUAAGUGAAACCCAUCAAAAAGAGAUAUAUUAAAUUAAAAUUCAAUAUGUUUGCAUGAUACUUACCUGAUAUGAUACCAGAUAUUGCAUGGAUGCUUCUAGAGUUAUUAGUAGCCAUUUCUUGGUGUAAUGUUAAAAGUCUAGGGUGACAAGCUUGAGAAUGUGGUUUUGAAUCUGACAACAGCCACUUUGUGCCCAAAGAAAAAUAAAGCCAAUGGUUAGGUCAUAUCCAGUCUGCCCCUCCAAAGACUCCAUAUAACUGGGACAAAUAUUGGAUACUUCCUGAGUAUUCUUUAUAGCAUGAACACUUACAAAGUUUGUGAAUGGGACAUCUUAGUGGAUAAUAUGAUUGACAUGUCAAAUUCAGAAGUAUACAUGGAUUUGUCCACUAUGCUAAAUCAGGCAAAGGUGGCUAUCUUGUUAUGUAAGGCCAGCUUACUGAAUUUCAUAUUUAAGAAAUAAUAAGUGUUCUUUGUGACACAGUCCUGAGACCAUCUUUUUUUUUUGUAUGGUUUCUUUUUAGUAAAUGAUGAUCUCGUUAUUUUUUUUAUUAGGAGGUAAGGCUUCAACAUCCCUUCUCAUAGGUUUCCAAUUUUCGCAUUAGUAAAAUAAGAGGUGGUGACCUCCCCGUUAGAAGUAAAUUUUGGUGGUCAAAAAAUAGAAUAUUUACCUGAACAAUUUAUAGAUGCUAGAAGUUAUACUCAAUUUAGCAAGAUGGAAGUAUUAAAAAGUGAUAUUUAGCUUAAAAACUAAAUAUAGAAGUGUGUUAUAACCAUAUUAAUAAGUCGAUCAUAGUAGGAGAUUCUGAAGUCGUGGUGAACUGGCUAAAAGAGGAUAACUCUGGGCUCUGGAAUUACAGCAAUGAAAAGAGGAAAUUUAAGUGGCUGACUAAAGACAUUGAAAUUCAAUGCACAUGGGUAAAGAGAAGUGCAAGCUCAUUGGCAGAUGGCCUAGCUAGGCAAGGGGUGAACAGAAACUCUAUUUUUUGGGCUGUGUUGUAAUUGCUUUACUUUUGGUGUUCACUGGUUGUAUUUGGGAGUUAAGAUUAUUUAGCUCCCUUUGUAAUUUUCAUAAUCUUAAUACAAUUCACUGUUAUUGAUCAAAUAAAUAAAUAAAUAAAUACAGAGUUGUAUUCUUGUUUCUUGUAUCUAUGUCUUGGCCUUUUAGAUCAAAUGAUGGUAACUAUGGUGCUUUUGCUUGAUUUUUCUAGAUAUUAUUCCUAAAUAUUAACCGCUCUUAACAUUCCGAUGCUUCGCAAUUAUAUUAUCA